ACUUUCACCCUGUUCGUAGCUACCAUUCAACGUAAAAAUUGAAAUCUAAUCAAUUCAAAAGCAUUCCUUGUACUUCUUUUUCGAAAUAAUACCGCAAUACGGUGCUUUAUAGACCGGCAACAUGUCUAAUAACGAAGAACUAGCAAAAAAGUUUUCCGACGUGACUGGAGUGUCUGAAGAUCGAGCAAAGUUUUACUUGGAAGCUGCAAACGGGGAACUGCAGGUUGCAUUAUCCAGUUUCUACGAAGGAGAUAACGAUAAUAAUCCAGUCGAUACGAUUGCCACUCCAUUAGAUGAUGAUUCGGAUGAUGACAACGUACCCAAUGAUUCGAUUCAAUUCUCCCGUUCGGAGUCAAAGGCAAAGCCCAAAAAAGCUGCUCAAUCGUCCAAUAUUACAACAUUAUUCAACUUGAAUGAAUCUUCCUCCGAUGAUGAUGGCGAACAGGGUCAAGCGUUCUAUGCCGGGGGAUCGGAACGUUCGGGGCAGCAAGUAUUAGGACCUCCUAAAAAGAACCCCAUCAAGGAUUAUGUUUCGGAGAUAUUCCGUUCUGCGCAACAAGGCAGCAUGGAAACUUUUGAUGCGGAUACGAGUCCCAGUUCAAGUUCACCGCUGUAUGUAGGAAUUGGAUACAGACUAGGUCAGACUGAUGACGAUCAUCAAGCUGUACCGGAUGGAAACCGUGCAUCCGCUAGUGGUUCUGGUCGCAAUCAUGAAGUGGUGACAUUGUAUCUCUGGCGGCAAGGCUUUUCAAUCAAUGACGGUGAAUUGCGCCGAUACGAAGACCCUGGCAACAAAGAAUUCUUCGAAUCGAUUAUGCGUGGAGAAAUUCCGCCUGAAUUGCGUUCCAGAGGACCAGCGAUGAUCCACCUAGAUCUGAAGGACAAUCGGCAUGCCGAGUUCGAGAGACAAUCCGUGCCAUUCAGACCGUUUGGCGGAAGUGGUCAAACUCUAGGAAGUCCCGCACCAAAUGUUGUUCAGAGUACUCCUGCGCCAGCUGCAAAUUCCGGAUCCAAUGAGGAGAAUGAGAAGCAAGCUGCUGCAGAAUUAGCCGUCGAUGAAAGUCAACCCCUGACUACACUACAGAUUCGGUUGGCAGACGGAUCGCGUCUUUCUGCGCGCUUCAAUCAGAGCCACACGAUUGAAAACAUUCGACGAUAUGUUACCAGGGCACGACCACAGUACGCCUCACAGAAUUUUGCUUUGCUGACUACGUUUCCCAGCAAGGAAUUGUCGGAUGGUACACAAACUUUGAAGGAUGCUGGGCUGUUGAAUGCGGCUAUUAUGCAACGAUUGAAGUAGUUUUUGCAGGAACCAUUAGAACCUAUCACUGUGAACUUUCGGGAACGAUGGGUCGUUCAGUGGGUAGUGACUGAUUUGCUACUGAUGUAAUAUUUAAAGAAGACAAAAACAUUUGUGUGAAGAGGUUCGGUUGCUUGAAAACUUGAUCGACACACAGUUCUUAUUUUCAUUUCCCAGUUUAAACAAUAAGAUCAGUUGAUAUAAUUAGCAAUAAAAAUAAACGAUUCGAUUUGAACUAUGAA